UCAGAAUACGCUUCUGCUCCAAAUUUCUUUCGAGAGAGAACAUGAACGGCGCUCGACUCGAAUUCGAGAGCCCUAUAGAAGAUGCGAUCUCAAAGCUCAAAUUCUCGCCAGAGUCAAACAAUCUCCUCAUCGCUUCUUGGGAUUCCUAUCUGAGAUUGUAUAAUGUAGAGAGCUCUUCGCUAAUCUUACAACUACACUCCCCUGCCGCUCUUCUCGAUUGCUGUUUCGAGAACGAAUCAACUUCAUACACCUCUGACUCCGAUGGAUUCAUCCGAAGGUACGAUUUAAACGGUGGAAGAGUUGAUAAGAUUGGUAGACAUGACGACAUUGCUACAUCUGUUCUCUACUCUCACCAAAAAGGUGAAGUUAUAUCUACUGGCUUGGAUGAGAAGAUCAAGUUCUGGGAUACACGACUAGGUGAAAGUCUUGUGCAUUCUACUGAUGCUGGUGCAGCAGUGAGAUGCAUUACUGUGAAUGGAAACAACUUAGUGGUUUGUGUUCAAGCAUCAAUGCAUAUAUAUGACUUGCGUAGCUUAGAUCAACCUUUUCAGUCUUAUGAAUCACAAGUGGAAGUGCCUAUCAGAUGCGUCACCUCUGUUCCUUUCUCUACUGCAGGAUAUGCAGUCGGCUCAGUAGACGGACAAGUAGCUUUGGAUUUCCCGAAUACAUCAUGCUCUAGUGAGAUGAAAUACACAUUCCGAUGCCAUCCCAAGUCUAUGAAAGGAAGACUCGAUGGUGCAUGCAUAAAUGCUAUUGAAUUCACUCCAGGUGGGUCAGGGACUUUUGUGACUGGUGACAAUGAAGGCCACGUUAUCUCAUGGAAUGCUAAAAGCAGAAGAAGACUCUUUGAGUUGCCAAGGUACUCAAAUAGUGUCGCGUCCUUGGCAUUUAACCACACUGGAGAACUCUUAGCCGUUGCAUCAAGCCACACUUACCAAGAAGCUAAAGAGAAGGAAGAACCUCCCCAAGUGUUCAUACACAAGUUUUAAAUGAUUGGUAGCUUACUGAAUCUCAAGUUAAUCAAAGCAUGACUCUUUUUUUUUUAAUUUGUUUUCUAGCUAUUUUGUUUGACUGUGUGUGUCUAGCACGUUAACCAUGGCACGUAGAAGUUGCUAUAGACUUGUGGCAUGCUAAGCUUCCACAUGUAAAAAAUCCUCCUAUCUCUUUUUAAGUCUCUC